CAACAAUCGACACCCAGCAACCAAUUCAAGUACGUUGAGGGUAUUGAUCACAUAGGUAUAUUGCUAUAUUCCAAGUAUGAAUAUUGUGUCGGCGUUCAAACCAGGAACUGGAGGUGGUUUCAAUGGUACCGCUGGGAAUGCCAAUGGAAACGCAAGCAAUAAUGAAAGUAAAUUCAUAUCACCAACGUUGAAAUUGGGAGAUCCAAGCUUGGAUGCGUUACAAUUUCAACAGGAUAAGAACUCUGCUUCCCACUCAACCCGAAACGGAGUCUCCCAAAGACUUAUACACCCUCUUAGUUUGGAUUCUGCCAAUGAAGUCAACUAUAAGGUUAGUAUUCCAAAUUUUUCUAAUUUACCGCCGUUAAAAUUGGGGGGUAAAUACAUUAGUGAUUUGAUUAAGAUAGAUUCAAUGACACCGUCGGAUUUGUACUCCGAUGAAAACAUCAAGAAAACUUCUGGUUUAGAUAAAUACUAUUUUGAUUAUGAAAAUGGUUUAGGUGAUUUUUCAAGAUACGAAGUCGUUGACCAACUUAACUUACCCGAUAAGUUUUUUGAUGAAUAUAAUUCAACCGAGUGUAUUACUAAAAUGGGUAUGUUCCCUGAAAUUGAGAGAGCUUGGAUUAUCGUCGAUAAUAAAUUAGUGUUGUGGAAUUAUAAAGUUCCUCAAUCUUCUUUCAAUAAAUCAUCUCAAUUCCUUACAAUAGAUCAAAUAAGGCAUUCUAUUCUCACGGUUAAAUUGGUGAAACCAAAACCAGGUGUUUUCGUAAAAGAUGUAAAUCAUUUAUUAUUGGUGGCAACCACCAUGGAUAUUCAUAUUUACAUUGUCAAAUACGCCGAUUCAUUAAAUAAUUUGGAAAUUUUCAACCCUGAAUUAUCCGUUUCUACUCAGGGUUUGUUAGUCAACAAUUUUGCAUUUAAUUCAUUAACAAAUGAUAUCUACUUCACUGGUGAAAGUGAUGGUACUAACGUUUGGAGACUUGAUUAUACAAAUAAAUCAUCUUUUAUCAAAAAUAAAUGUGACAAAGUUUGCUUAACCAAAAGUGGGUUUACUUCAGUAUUACCUUUAGGAAAAAUCCCUGGGUUUGACUUGUUUCAUUCUGAUAAUAACUCCAAUAAUAAUUCGCAUAAUCAAUCAUCAAAUAAUUCACCAAAUACUAUUCCAGAAUCUAUCGUGCAAAUCGAAGUUGAUCUGGAAAGAAGUAUCCUUUACACUUUAUCUAAUAAAUCCGUUAUUAGAGUUUAUAAACUUGAAAAAACUCAAGAACAGUUUACUCAACAGAGUAGACUUAGCCCUCAAGAAAUCUUUAGAUCAGUUUCUGCAUUAUUUGUUGAUAGUUCUAAUUUCAAAUCUUUCCUGAAAUUCAAAAUUGUUAAUAUUCAAUUGAUAUCUGCUAGAGAAUCUUCAAAUGUUCAAUUAAUAGCUAUAACCAACUUUGGUUGCCGUAUUUUAUUGAAAUUAGGCGGUGGCCCAACUUUUUCUUCAAUGAUUUCAAAUGCCUCAAGAUUAAAAUUAUCAGUCGCUACCAUGAAAUUUCCUCCUUCAAAAGAAUUACCUAAGUUAAAUCCGGAAUUAGAUGCUUUCACAAGAAAUAAACAAUACUUAUCCCAAUUAAUAUCUAGUCAACAAAAUUCUCAAUUAUUGAAAAAUACAAAACUUUCUAAGAUCAUAAGUCCAGGAAUCUUUAUUGCUGUUAAAAGAACUAAAGGUUCUGAUAAAUUAUUUAUUAGUACCACAAAUUAUGGAUUUCUUAAAAAGAAUAAUCAAUUAGUCGAAGAUGCUGAAUUUAUCAAAAUUGGAUCCUCAAAUGAUGAGAGAUCACCAACCUAUAUCCAUGAAAUUAUUCAAUUGACUCCCUCAAUGAAUGCAACGAACAAUCCAAAUGGUUAUUCUAACAUCUUAGCAAGUCAAUAUGCAAAACAACCAUUACAAUUUGCUGUACUUACUAAUUUUGGUUUACUAAUCUAUCAAUUCAGAACUUCCGACCAAUUAUUAAAGUCCCUCAAGGAUGAAGUCAUCGAAAACUAUAUUGAUGAAAAUGGUUAUGAAGAGACCUGCUCAUCAUUAUUAUACUUAGGCUGCUCCUACAGCCAUCAUAAUCCAAAUGACUUGUCGAAAAGGCAAGCACAAGUCCUUUUUUCAGCAACCGGUAAUAAUGCUAGACUUCUCGAUAAUUUCCAACACCAACAACAACUUUCCUCUCAACAAUUAACAGCACAACCUCCUGUAGGAACAGGUGAGCCACAUGCUACUGUGGAUCAAGUUGUCUUGAGUGAUAGAUUUUACGGUACUUGUUUGUUGAUUUCAAGAUUGUUCAGAGAAUUUUGGAAUCAAAAAGUUUUCACCCUCUUACCUCAUAUAAAAGUUUUACCUAAUGGUUCAGUCGAUGUUAGUUCCGUUAAAGAUGAUAACUUAUUGAUAAAAGGUCUUAACAUCGAUAAAAAACAAGUUGAAUUUUUUAUUGGUUCGGUCAUUGUUUUAAUUGAUUUUUUUGUUGAAAAUAGUAGCAGUAUUCAAGGUUUAAAUGCUCCAAAUUAUAGUUCCGACCCAAGCAGAUUUGAAAACGAAGUUUGUUUAAGAGCAGAGCAUAUCGCUUUUACUUCCAUUUUGAAAUCUUUAGGUUCAAUGAAAGAAGCUUUAUCGUUCUUGAUGGUUUUGAUUGAAGAAUCACAAGUCUACCAAACUAGUUUCAAUGAUAUCUUGAAGUUUUUGUCACUUACAAAUCAAUUGAAUUUAUUAACUUUGUCAUUCAAGGAUUUGUUACUACCAUCUCGUGAAGUUAAGAAUUUGAUUAAAGACUUAUUAUCUUCAAUCAUUAACAAAAAUAUUUUGAAAGGUGGUUCAAUUGAUUCGAUUGCUACUUCGUUACAAGGUCGUUGUGGAUCUUUCUGCUCCACCGAUGAUGUUUUCAUUUUCAAAGCUAUUGAAAAUUUAACCAGAGCCAAAAAUAUUGGCUCAAGGGAUAAUGAUCUUAAAAUUAAAUGCCUUAAAAAUGCUGUUGGUUUGUUUGAAAAAGCCUAUGAAUCAUUAACAUUAGAAAACAUCGAAAAUUCUCUUAACAUUAUGUUACAUUUGGACUUUUACACUGGUGCUGUUGAAUUAUUAUUGAAGUUGGCUUUCCAAUUGGGUAACGCAUCAAAUUCAACCACUGCAAAUGCCGUCAAUGAUAAUGGUCAUACUAAAUUGAUUGAAAAUAAUAAGAAGAAGUUACAAUUAUAUGAUCUAGUCUUCAAAAUCUUGACCAAGGUUGAUUUGAGAGCAAUAAACAUAACCGAAACUAAUGAUCAAUUGGCCAUAAAUGAAUUCAUCGAGGUUAGAGACGUUACUUAUGAAACUUGUUUCGCAUCUCAAGACAAAAGCUUUCAUUAUGAAUUUUAUCAAUGGUUCAUAAACCAAGGUGUAAGUGAGAGAUUGUUAGACAUUAAUACUCCUUUCAUAUUAUCAUUUUUGGAAGAAAAAUCUGAAAAUGACUUAGCCUUAAGUGAUUUAUUGUGGUUAUAUCAUGCUAAGAGAGAAAAUUAUUUUGCCGCAGCGAAUAUUUUGUAUGCAUUGUCGAUCUCAGAAUUCAAAUUGACUUUGAAUCAAAGACUUGAAUACUUAUCUAGAGCCAAUGGUUUCUGUAACUGUGUCUGUCCUCCAAAUUUGAGGCAAAAGAUGAUUGAAUUAUCUUCAAUUAUCCAAGAGUUAUUCGACGUUGCGAAUAUACAACUUGACGUUUUAUCAGCCAUAAAAUCUGAUAAAAGAAUUAGUGAAGAGAACAGGGAACUUGCAAUUGAGUCAUUAAAUAAUAAAAUUAUUAGCAUAAGUGAUUUGUUUAACAAUUAUACUGAUCCAUUAGGAUAUUAUGACUUAUGUUUGUUAGUUUUCAAAGUGUCUGACUACAAGAAUACCGAUGAUAUAUUAAAGAGAUGGGAAUUAUUCUUUGAAAAAAUUUUCCAUCAAUAUUUGAUUGAAGAUAAGAGCUCACUGGAACCAGUAUAUGUUAUUAUUAUGAAUGCAUUUACCGCAAUAGGUCCAAAAUUAUCUUCAAAUGAUUUGGUAUUCCCAAUUGACGAGUUGAUUAAAUUAAUAUGUAAAAACAUUCAAGAGGCCAUUGAAGAAGAUGCUGUUAGUCAGACUCCACCUAAGGGAUUUGUUGUUGAUAUUUUCAUCAAGUCAGGGGUCAGUUUCGAAAGAUUCUACUUUGUCAUGAAGUCAUUAAUUGAACAUAAUACUUUUGAAAUAUACCCUGGGUUUACUAAUGAUUUAAAAUCCAACGAAAUGCUUUAUUUAAUCAAACAUUGGUACAAUUCGGAUAAGAAGUUGAGAGAUUUAAUCUCCAGUGACCAAAUCGUCAAUUUAGUUGAAUAUUCUAUUGAACUGGAUCCUAUAAACAAGUACGUUAAGGAUCAUGAUAUUCUUCCAUAG